AUGGGGUCCACAGAUGGUGAAUGUGCCUCAUCGCUCCGUGGCCACCGUAUGCCAAGUUGGAUUCUCAGUCAUCUCGAAACUGAGUCCAAGUGCCUGAAUGAUACGCCACUGGUCGAAGAGGAGAAGGCCCCUCCAAGUGUUCCUGUCACCGUGCUGAAGAAAAGAUUCCCGCAAGGUCUUAAAAUAUUAAAGAAGGCACCUCCAAAGGAAAAGAUCGUGAUGCCUGUAGAAGAAGAAUGCGCCGAUUCCUGUCGUAGUUCUAGGCCCUCCGUGUCUGUACAAUCAGCCGUACCAGGUAAUGGGCACCGAAUUGCCAGACAUACUAUUCGGUUUCGCAUGUCGGAUUGGGCAAAUUUGAUAGAAGAGAAAAAGGAUCUCGUGGCGCAGGCCGUCAAGGAGGAUAUUAGCGAGGGAUGUGGACUCGAUAUUGGUCGUAUUCUUCAGCUGGAGCUGAAACUUACUGAUAUUCUUGUGGUAACAUUCAUUGUCGACCACUCGCAUGAUGAUGGCGGGGAGCGGCCCUUCCAUGCCCGCUUGAAAGUAUGCAAAUUUCCGAGAACUUCAUCGCUCUAUUUGCUAAGAUGA